GAUAAAGAGAGAGGCAAAAAGAAGGAUGGGAGAGAAAGAAAGAGAGAGAGAGAGAGAGAGAGCAAAUGAGCGGUCCUGACCAAGCCAUACUCUUAUGUUGCAGACCAGGAGUGAUAAAACCCACCAUUAUACUACCACACUGUUCUCCGUCUACAAUUCUUCCUGUGAACCUCUUCAAUUCCCACUCUCUCUCAUCGUUUGAUAAGAAAUGGUAGCUCUUCAGUUUCUCUCUCUAAAAAUUUGGGCUAUUCCGAUUCAAAUAUCUGGGGGUUUGGUUUAGAUCACCAAUCAAUGAACUUGGUCUUCAACAAACACAACAGGGAAUAAAGAUUUACACUCAGAAAUUGAUGCUGAGGCAGAUGUUGCAACGCCAAUCAGUAAAGGAAGAACCGCCCAUGUCCAUUGAUCCCUCAAAUUCAAGUUUCUUCUUCCCAUCUCUCAAUAUUGAAGCGAGAAACAGAGUUGGAGGUGACCCAAAUGGGCCUAGAGGCCUGACCCGUUUCUCUUCAGCUCCAUGCUCGUUUCUAGAGAGCUUGGUCGAAGAACCAGAUGUUCAGAGCUUAGAAAAACUGGUUCAAGGUUCACCAAGAAGCCUUGCAGCCAUGGAUGGAAUUCUUCAAGAUUACGCAGAGCUUGUACAUGGUAGUGGACCGAGCGCGAACGUUCAGAGGCAGAACAGUUCUCCUGCCGAGCUUUUCACUCAGCUCACUGGUUCAAUGGGUCCUGGGGAUUAUUUCUCAGGCUUGAACCCUGGGGCUUCUGGGAAGAAUUUCAAUAAUAUACAACCUGAUCUUGCGUUCUCAGACUUUCCUUUGCAGAAGAGGAUCAUAGAAACAGAUGGUCAGUCGAUGGGCUCGAUGCCAAGGCCAAACCUUCCACCCCAAUGGAAAGGAGGAGAAAACCAGAAUCGUUUGUUGAGGUCUAUCAGUGCAGAUUUGGAAAAACAGCACCAGUUAUCGAGGUCUAUUAGUUCGGAUUUGGACAUGGAAAAGGUCACGGAAGACACUGUUACUUUUAGGGUGCGUGCAAAGCGUGGCUUUGCAACCCACCCUCGAAGUAUUGCAGAGAGAGUUCGGAGAACUCGUAUCAGUGACAGGAUUCAGAAGCUUCAAGAACUUGUCCCGAAUAUGGAUAAGCAAACUAAUACUGCGGACAUGUUGGAAGAGGCCAUUGAAUAUGUCAAGUCCCUCCAAAAGCAGGUUCAGGAACUCUCAGAGAAGCAAUUGAAAUGCAAAUGCUUUCCAAAAGCAUCCCCUGAUUCUAAAACAGUUUAGUCAUGUAAAAGAGAUUUGUUAGGGCCUCAUGUGACAGUAAUUGUUUUGUAACUUUUUGAGGCCAAGAAGAACUUUGCAUGUUGCCGUUGUGGCCCCAUGAUUUGGUUUCUUCAGGAAUUUAUUGGGCUCUCUUUGUGAAGAUAUCAUCAUAUCGAGCUUUUACAACCCUGAAUUCUAUGGUCGUGUAUGUAAAUCAUCUUAUCCUGAACUUUUUUUUAUCUUUUUCCUGAUCACUGUGGAUACCUUCGAUGCGUCUCUUGUGUAUUCCUAUGUAAAUCUUGGCUACCUUGUGUUUUAGAUAAUUCUGAGAAAUCAAACUGGUAGGACUUAUCAGCCUUGUAACUCAAAUUCUUUCUGAUCAGCAUUUGAUCAUUUUUCUUGUCAUGAAUCAUUAGGCACAGUUCAAUUCUGGUUGUUGAACUAAUCACCUAGCUAGAAGCUUGUAACAAGGGCCACUGUUUACAACUAAGGCAUGUCACUUCACUAUGUUACUUAAGAGGAGCACAUAUGGAUAUAUAUAUGAUAAAUUGAAUAGUUUAGAAUUUUUAUUUUUGCUUUCCCUAUCCUGAGUCAAAUACUUAGAUAUCUUAUGUUACUCAGGACUGGUGAUCAAGUCUUCGACUUUCCAUUAUGUGAUAUUGAUAAUUUUCCAUUUGCCACAUUGUCUUGUCAGCAUUUCCAAGAAUGUGGGAGUUAAAAUAUGAAACUUCAAUAAAAGGGUGACAACUUUUAUUGUUUA